CGAGAUCUUUUGUCUCCUUUGGUUCUUUUCAUUUUCGUCUCUCCUUUUCUUGGGUUGCGCCGUUUCUGUUGAAGCUCUGAUUCUACACGUUCGCGGCUGUGGAGAAUAAGUUGAGGUGAUUUUAAUUUCUUGGUUUGCUAGGUUUUCGUCGUCUGAGCCUUGAAGCUUCAAUGCAUGGAAUCAAACCCUAUGUUUCUUUUUUUGGGUACUUUCAAUUUGUGUCUGAAAUGAAGGAUUUUAACAGAAAGGAAGCUGCUUUUUCUGCAUCGCAUUGAUGGCUGGUCUGCAAUUGCAAAGUUCAGGGAUGCUGUCAAGGGAGCAGUUGGUUUAUCUGUUUGAUCGAUUCUCUGAGCUCACUGCCCAGCCAGAUGUAAAGAGAAGAAUUGCAGAUGCUGUGGACGAUAAACAGGAAGCUGUAGCUGUUACUACGGCACUUCAAGAGGGCAUCUUUUUGGAGAUGGAAGUUGAUCCUAGCUUUGGCAUUUCUUGCUUGGGUAAAGUGAAUACAAUUUAUGAGAAUGACCGAGAUUUGAUGAUUCAGUUUUACAAGUUCGUGGCAAGUGAAGAGAUGGCUUGUGAUGAGGCUGAACUUGGAACAGAAGAAUAUGCAAAGAAAAUGCAUAAUCAACAAAUGCUUCAGGGGAAGCAACUGGAGAUGCUGAAGUACAUGCGCAAAUUCCACCUGGAUGACCAAUCUGCUAUUCUUGAUAAGUUGCGCCAAAACCUGGAGAAUGCGAAUUUCGACGAAGAGGCAUCGGUAUUGCCACCAGACCAGAUUCAAGAAACUGUGCGUAGGAGGGUGUCUCCAUUAUUCAUGCCAGCCAACUAGGCUUAGGGGAUACUUGCUUCUUCAUCCUGCACUCUAUAUGGUGUGUCUGUAUCUCUUGUAAUUGUUUCUCCAAAACGUUUAUUAUGUAUAAUGUAUUGAAUAUUGAUGCUCUUAAUGCAAGUUGUGUCAGCCAAACUACAGCGUGAAAUGUAGGGCGUUUCAAUAGACUAAUGCUGAAAUGAACAUCCGUUGGACUAAUCUUCUUUAUUUCAUUACUAUCUGCUUGAUAUGGGUAGAUAAUCGUCCAUUUUGUAAUAUAUGUUCUAACUGUUG